GCAGCCGGUGCAGCGAAGGAGAGAGUCACGGCUUUUUCCUGGCGCCGAGGCGGAAUGGCUUGAGCUCCGACGGCGCUGGACUCGUCUCCAUCGACCGAAGCGCGAUGCAUUUCUGACUGUCUGCCUGUCGGAUGUGUGUGUCCGGCGCGUCUUGCCGCGAAUUGCUGCAGUGCUGUUUUUCCCAGGUGUUGCGUGUGAGUGAGUGAGUGUGUGCGCGCGCGUGUGAGUGUGUGUGCGUGCGUGUGAUUGAGUGCGCGUGUGAACGUGUGUGCAUGGUGGUGGUUGGUGUUGUAGCCUGGUGUAAUUCUCUUACGAAUUGGACUAAGCCGGGGAACGGAGUCUGAUGUCACAUGUGCUUCAUCGGAGGAGACGGGGCAUCUGCAAGCUGGAUUUUGUGGAGGAUGCUGCGGCAAGUGAUACACAGAGGGCUCAAGGCUUCGUUCUACUGGCUGGGCUUAUUCGUUAGCAGGCACCCCGUUUUCUUCCUCACUGUCCCCGCGGUCCUCACCAUCAUUUUCGGAUCUACCGUGCUCAGCCGUUUCAAGCCGGAGACGGAUCUGGAGGUCCUGGUCGCCCCAACUCACAGCCUCGCCAAGAUAGAGCGGAGUCUCGCCAACAGCCUGUUUGCCAUCGACCAGUCGAAGCACAAGCUCUAUUCGGAUUUGCACACCCCGGGCAGAUAUGGCAGGCUGAUCCUGCUCGCAAAGUCCGGGGGGAACAUCCUGGAGCUGGCCGACCAGGUCUUGCAGGUCCACAAGCAGGUGUUGGAUUUGCGCGUCAAUUACAAGGGAUUCAAUUACACGUUCGCGCACCUCUGCGUCUUGAGCCACAGGGACAAGCGCUGCCUCUUGGAUGAUAUCAUCACCAUCUUCGAAGAUAUCAGACAGGCUGUGCUUUCCAACAGCACUUUCCAUAAGGUGCCCGUGAGCUACCCAAACACUACACUAAAGGACGGCCGUGUGUCCUUCAUCGGUCACCAGCUCGGCGGCGUGACCUUCUCACCUAACAGCCGUGACCAGCAGGUCAAGUCAGCCCGUGCUGUCCAGAUCACCUACUACCUCCGCAACCAUGGCCCAGUGGUACAGGAUGCCAUCGCAGAGCGGUGGGAGAAUGAGUUCUGUGCCCUGGUCAGCCGGCUGUCCACAGCUGAGGCGCCCCACGGACCAGACCAGCUCCACAUCCAGUCACUCACCUCCUUCAGCCUGUGGCGGGACUUCCAUCAGACAGGCGUGCUGGCCAAGGGGGAGGUGCUGGUCAGCCUGGUGCUGGUGCUUCUGGCCGCCACCAUCUCCAGCUCCAUGCGGGACUGUCUGAGGGGGAAGCCGUUCCUGGGCCUCCUGGGCGUGCUGACCAUCUGCAUUGCAAAUGUGACGGCAGCGGGGAUCUUCUUUAUAUCGGAUGGAAAGUUCAACUCCACGCUGUUGGGGAUCCCUUUCUUUGCCAUGGGUCAUGGGACCAAAGGGGUGUUUGAGCUGCUGGCAGGGUGGAGGAGAACGAGGGAAAACCUCCCCUUUAAGGAACGGGUGGCAGAUGCCUUUGCUGACGUGAUGGUGUGCUACACCAUGACCAGCUCACUCUACAUCAUCACCUUUGGCAUGGGAGCUAGCCCUUUUACUAACAUCGAGUCAGUGAAAAUCUUCUGCCAGAGCAUGUGCGUCGCCAUUCUAGUCAACUACUUCUAUGUUUUCUCUUUCUACGGCUCAUGCCUGGUUUUUGCUGGGCAACUGGAGCAGAACCGCUACCACAGUGUUUUCUGUUGUAAAAUCCCAUCAGUGGAGUAUCUCGACCGCCAGCCCACAUGGUUUAAAACCAUGAUGAGUGACGGCCAUGACUUAUCCACACACCAUGACAGUGUCCCUUACCAGAACCACUUCAUCCAGCACUUCCUGCGUGAGCAUUACACAGAAUGGAUUACCAACACCUAUGUUAAGCCUUUUGUUGUCAUUCUGUAUCUCAUUUAUGCAUCUUUUUCAUUCAUGGGAUGUUUACAAAUUAGUGACGGAUCCAAUAUUGUGAACCUGCUUGCGAGUAAUUCUCCGAGUGUUUCGUAUGCUCUGACCCAACAGAAAUACUUCAGUAACUACAGUCCUGUGAUUGGGUUUUAUAUUUAUGAACCCAUUGAAUACUGGAACUCAACAGUGCAAGAGCACCUAAAGACUCUGAGUCAUGGCUUCAACAAGAUCUCCUGGAUGGACAACUUUUUCCACUACCUGCGGGUGGUGAAUGUGAGCGCAUCAACCAAAAGCGACUUCAUCACUAUCCUCAAGGGCUCCUUUCUGCGCAGCCAGGAGUACCAGCACUUCACUGAGGACAUCAUAUUCUCCAAGAACCGUGAGACCAACGAGUAUGACAUUAUUGCCUCACGCAUGUACUUAGUGGCACGAACCACAGAGAAGAAACGUGAGGAGGUUGUUGAGCUUUUGGAAAAGCUUCGCCCAUUGAUGUUGAUCAACAGCAUCAAGUUCAUUGCCUUCAAUCCCACGUUUGUGUUCAUGGACCGCUACAGUUCCUCUGUCAUCUCUCCCAUUCUGACCUCAGGCUUCAGUGUGCUCACUAUCCUCAUCCUCACUUUCUUCCUGGUCAUCAACCCUCUGGGAAAUUUCUGGCUCAUCCUGACAGUAACAUCCGUCGAGCUGGGUGUCUUGGGUUUGAUGACCCUCUGGAAUGUUGGCAUGGACAGCAUCUCAAUCCUGUGCCUUAUUUAUACCCUUAACUUCGCCAUGGAUCACUGUGCACCGCAUCUGUACACUUUUGUGCUAGCUACCGAGCACACUAGGACGCAGUGCAUCAAGUUGGCACUGGAGGAGCACGGGGCAGCCAUCCUGCAGAACACAUCCUGCUUUGUGAUUGGGAUUAUGCCCCUGGUGUUUGUGCCUUCCAAUCUGACCUACACACUGUUCAAGUGCUCCCUCCUCACUGCGGGCUGCACUGUGCUGCACUGCUUCGUCAUUCUACCCGUCUUCCUAACCUUCUUCCCGCCGUCCAAAAAGAGACACAAGAAAAAGAAACGGGCCAAGCGGAAAGAGCGGGAGAGGGAAAGGGAGCGGGAAAGGGAAAGGGAAAGAGAAAGGGAGGAGAUAGAGUGCAUUGAGGUUAGGGAGAAUCCUGAUCAUGUGACAAAUGUCUGAGCAGUAAUUUCAGCAGUGAGAAUCAGCCGGUGCCCAUUCAUUGGUGGAUGAGAGGUGCUCUUCAGUGGUGAGGCAUCUCUCACAGUGCCGGGAAGUCUGAGAUGUCCCCUGUGUGGUGGGCACUCGUCUCUCCCAACCAAUAGCAGCUAAGCUGGCCAGAGUAGAGCAUAGCCCCACUGGUCAGUCAUUCAGUCCUUCAGUCUGGACAGUGUAUCUCAUUUGCACAAAUUGCAACAUGCUCAUGGUUCUGAAGCUCUUUCCCAACUAUUUGGUAUAUAACAACAAGUUUACUACCAGAACUUAUGUUCACUAAAUACAAGUAGAUUUUAAACAUAUAUUAGUUAAUUUAACUUGCAACAAGUUCAUCUCCUGCAGAUCCUGUCUCAAAGGAAGUGAGAGGAAUAUAGCAGUCUCUAAAGCCAAGGAUGCUCAUGCAGUUGGUGAAAGCAGUUAUAUAAAAGUCAAUAAAUUGAAAAUUGUGCAGAGGAUGCACACACUUUACUCCUUAUACUUUAUCAUUUACAUUGAAAACAUAAAAGAAACCAAACCAAAAAUUUUGGGGAAGAGAGAAACUCUGGACCGAUAGCACACUGCAUGCUCUCCUGUGACAUUAAUAAUAGUCAAUGAGCAGAAAUGGGCAGAUGGCAUACACUGCAUCCAUUAUGAAGAAUUACUUGCACAUUGCAUUGUGUGAAUAAAACUGUCAAAAGUUUGAUCAAGCGGGAGGCAAAAAUUUCUGAGGUCAUACGAGGUCUUAGGCAAUAGGAAAGGGAACUGCAGUGGGCUGCAGUGUUAGAUAAGCGACUGUCCUAUAGCAGUCUUUGAAAAGACAGUGAGCCAGAUUCUUACAGCAUGACUUCAGGAAAUCCUCAACUGACUUUGCACCAGACCAGUAAAACCAAAAGUAAAGAGUGUUUCCAAGGCUUGAAAUAGUGCACACUAGUAUGUUACUAUGAAUAAGUGGAGAGUUUCUGUGAGAGUAUGAAUGUCUAUGAACGGCAUUGGUAACUGGAAGGCUUGAAUGUGAUUCAAUGUUAGCUUCAACUGAUCUGUCUCAGUAAUUUGAUGAGUGGUGCCAAAUAGUGUACAGUUUUUUGUUUGUUUGUUUGUUUGUUUGUUUGUAUUUAUUUUUUCUUCAAAGUGACUUCAAAUGUCUUUUAAAUCAACCAUGAAUUAUUUGAGAUAAUCUGAAUGACUGCUACUUAGUGUGAUUCAGUGUUUGGAACAGAUAAUGAUGUGGGCUUUAAAUUGAGCAAUGAGAUACUUCCUGUUAGGUACACUGGCUCUGAAUCAAAACCUGAUAGAGAGUCGAAGUUCAAAUGAAUGCCUGGACUUUAACAAAGGUAACUGAAAAACUGGCAUGCAGUCACCACAGUCAAAAAACUAGGAUAUACUUGUGCAGGAAAACAAGUGGUUAAUUAGCUAGACAAUACCUGUAGUAGUGAAAGAUCUAUAUAUUUCGCUUAGAGGUGAGUGAAACACAACUAAACUUUAAAAAGUAGGACGAAUAUUAAAAUCAUACUUCACAGGUGCUCAGCAAAUGGUGAUUGAAUGUAGACAUCACUAUUUACUACAACAUUACAAUAUACACUUUUGGCCAAAAAUUGUUGGGAAUGGCGAAAGUUUAAAUUUGCUGCCUGUGUGUGUAUGUGUCUGAGGUACAUUUGCCACUGCCAUGUCAUUGGAACAUGGCAGUAAUAAACAGAAUAACUAAGCAUUAAUUUUGGAUUCAUCAUUCCACAGGUCGCUGUUGCUGCCACCAACUAGGUUUUCACACUUAAUGGUAACAAGACAAUGGGAUUUAAAACUGAGCUUUUGUAUUAACCGUUUAAUAAUUCUAAGAAUGCAAACUCAAUAACACCUCAUGUGAGCAUAAAAUGGCUGUGAAAUUUAUGAGGUUUCCAUUCACUUCAAAUGCGACACCUGAAAUUUACAUCAAAAUAAGUGGUGGCUAUUGUAGGAACAGGUUUUAUAAUGCUAAUAGAUUAGAUGUUCAACAUUAUUAAAGUCAUCAAGGCUUCAGAUUCUAACAAUACCUGCAGGUUGUAUAUAAAGAUGGUUGACGACUCGCACAUUCACUGUGAUGGUAACUGCCAUGUUGCAUUUGUAAUGAAACGUGGAACCAGAGUCUACGUCGUAUAGACAUGAGGACACCAUGUCUAAGCACCUUGUUGGAGUGUGGUCACGUUUCAUAAACUUCAUGAUCAGUUGUUCAUUACAACUGUCAAGCACCCAUUUAAAGAUAUCCAAUAAUUUCAAAAUAAAAAUAACAAAAGAGGGUGACCACCAUGUACUUUUAGAAGACUGUCACUGUCCAUUUUUAUAUAGAGUCUUCACCUUAAAACUAGUCAAUUCUAGAGAAACUAGAGAAGCAUUCUUGUACUGUUUUUGCUGAAAAACAUAACUGACCAAAACAAAAUAGUAGUCCAGAAGUGACAUCAGAACUUCGGCUCUCUUUCGGGAAUAACAUCUGUAAGUAAAAGUGCAGACUAUUUCUGCAACCAGUUGGCCUGUAGCUCCUUAUGCACAUUGAAACAAAGUAUAUUUUGCAUUCAAACACAUCCAUCCCAAUAACAUUUCUUCUCCAUGAUUACCCCUUUCAAUAUUAAGUUUUUGAAGUCCAAAAUGGCCGCCCCAUCUCCCCUGAGGGUAAACAGUAUUAUCUAUGUCUGCCAAGGCCAGAUAGGAAUCUCUCUCGCAGUCUCAAAACAAACACACUCAAGGUCGGCAUCCUGGACAGAUACCAAUCUAACACUGACCUCUGGAAUGCAUAUGUGGCCGAUUGCAGACCAGUCGAUACCUUGUUAGGGAAAUGGGCGGCUUCUAGCGGGGGCUGUCGCUGAGGGGAUACUGCUGUCUUGUGUCUUUUUGCUGCCACUGAGAAUAAGAAUGCCUCUCACACACAGGACGCAGCUAAUCAGACACCUGGGGUAACAAAACAUUUACAAAAACACUUUUUGUGUCAAUUAAUAUCAGUGAACACACAACAGACAAAAUCUCUAGUGUUGAAUUGUCACUGAUAACAACCUUUGAUCAACCAGACGUUGCCCUACUUAGAAAUGAAGUAUUGUGGCGAGCGGUUCCCUGCAGCGUCUUUGUGGCUCACAUUAUGUAAAAGCCAUGUCAUGUAUGUAUAGUAAGAAGGCAUGAAAUGUUUGAAUAACAGGAAAGAAAUGCAAAUCUUAAAUUAUUUACUUCCCAAAACGGACUGUGUUUGCAUGGCACUGUAUUGUAUGUAUGCAUGUAUUUAAUUUCUAUGUAUGAAGUCUGCGUAUUUUUUUCAUUUUUGGCAACGCUGUAGUAACUUUUGUUUGUUGUUCAAAUGCAUAUUCUGUAACAUCAUGUGCUGCAAAAGAACAAAAAUGAGUCAUAUCUGUUCCCAAACAAAAGCCAGACGAUAUUCCAUGUGUAAAAUACUUGUAAAUAUCUCUUUUUCUAUAUUUUCUAAGAAAAAAUAUACUAUAGAAAAAUUUUUAAAUGGCAGAAUUUUCCUAAGAAAAAGAAUAAAAAUGGGGUAAAAAAGUUGAACACAGUAGGCCAGUAAUAAACAGUGGAAUGUUACCAGUAUACUAGAUCUUAUUCCUUGCACACUGCAGUGUCAAUGUCUGUUGAUGAUUCACAUUUUAAAAAGGGAAAUUGUGGCCCACAUUUUUAUUGUUUGUUUGUGUGUCUUGACUCCUGUAUAAUCACUCUCUGGUCCUCACAUUUAUAGGAAGCAUUCAUUAUUGAACAGCCCUUUUAAACAAGUCUGUCAAGCUUUGUAAUGAUAAUUUUUAACAAACAAAAAAGAAAGAGAUUAGAAAUGUGCAGAAUAUUAACAAAAUCUUCUAUUUUUGUCGUGAAAUGUACCUAUUACAAUUUUCCUAUAGGGCAGGCCUGUCAUUAUACCAAGUACUUCAGUAUUUAGCAUCAUUGUACAUUCUACACAUUACUGGUGUCUUCUUACUGUAGCUGCCUAGACAACUCUGUAAACUCACCAAAUUCAACACUUUUUAGCUUUCUUAUUGCUAGCAUCAUUCCCAAAUGCUGAAUGCUGUCUGAUUAGGCUACUGUGUAUUACAAUAGAGCUAUUAGACAUUAUUAGAAUAGUACUACAAUAUUCUUCUAUGAGGACACAUUCAAUCUUACCAACAGAUUUCAAAACAGCAUGUAAUAAUGUAAGAUUUUUAACGCAAAAAUACAGUAACUUUAGACUAGUUUUGAUGAAAAUCCAGCUUGAAAAAAGGCAAUAUGUUCCAGAAAUGAAUUUGAUGAGAUGUCCUAUACUCUUAAAGAAAAUUAAUAGUGCUCUAUAAGGUUAAUUAUGUAUUCCGUCAUGUAUUUCUUUGGAACAGCAUAUUUGAAGUUCAUUUAACACCUUUAAAUGCGUUCACCUCUAAGAAAUAAAUUUGUUACAGCUGAUUGAACGGCUUUAGGUAUAGCACAUUUACAUAUACAAAUCUCAUUACAUCAUUACAAAUCAGGGGAUCCAUUCUAUAAGCUCCUGCUAUAUGGUGUGUUCUAGUAUAUCCUUAUGCUAAAGGGGUAUUAUAACUCAAUAUGCUGUAUGUGAUACUGUGAUAUUGCAGCUAAACUAUUCAUAUAACAGACAGGCUUCAAACUAGGUUGUAUCAGAAUAUUUUUUUACACAUUCGAAGUACAAAGCAUGAUAUUAAAAAAUGCUAAAUCAUAAUUAAUUAAUA